AUGCCAAAACUUUCCACAACGUUCUGCAGCGGUGCUACGCUCCUUCCCAAAGAGGCAAUUACGGGCAUGUUUCACGCGCGCUGCUGGCACUGGUCGCCAUGGCAGAGCACAUACAGACAAACUUUAAAAACUGAUGAGCAGGUAUCUCUCAGUCAAGCCCUGGCCAAAUAUAAAUACUAG